AGCGCCUGGAUUCGAGUAGUUACGUUUGUUUCCAGAACAUUCGCAAUCCAGAAAAGCUAGAUCGAUUACUUCGAGUUGUACGAGCUUCCAAAUUGUCGGGCCCACGCUAGAACUGAACCUAGUGGCAUCCAUAGAGCUUAGUUCUUCGAAGAUGGAAGGUAUUGGAAAUAAAAAUGACCGGGACAACUUUAGAGAUAAUGGGAUCAUGGAUUCGAUUGCAGCCCUUCGAUCAGUAUUGAUGCUCGAUACUCCGACUCGGGUGGCCCUAUCUGGCAGCCAACCGCAGCRUCAGCCGUGGAUCUCUCCGAUGGCGCAAGCCAAGAGCCCGGACUCGAAAAAGAAAAGCCCUGUGGAAAGAACYCCCCUUGGAAAACCUCCAAUGUCGAACAAGCGGCUAUCUUCGGUUCUGAAAACGAAAAGCACAACCAAAAUACGUCCGUCGCCGGAAAUGGACAGGGUGGGCACGGUCAUGAAGAAAAAAGUGGAGGCACUAGAAACGUCCCAAACCAAUUUAGAAAAGAAAUUGCAAGUUGAAAUUGACCGGCGAAGUUCGUUGCAGGCAACGCACGAAAAAUUGUCGGACUUUCAGACGCAGCAGACAUCCCAGCUAGAAAGGAUGAUAGCAUCCCGAGAUGCUUUCCGAGCUCAGGUAAUCACAUUAAAAAAGACUAUCGAGGAAGAACAAAUCAAUCAUAUGAAGGCUGUUUCUACGAUGAAGAAUGCUACAAAAACAAUGAUCGAGUCGUUGCGAUCAAAAGACAAAGAGGAGUCGAUGGCCGAAAUCAAAACGCUCGAAAAACGACUGCGCCAAAAAGAGGAACGCUACCAACAAUCAGAAUCACUGGUGAAAUCUCUGACAAAGGAAGUCGAGAAACUGAACGCCGAUCUAAAAACUCGACAAGGAACCCAUGAAGUGGCGAUGAAAGCUACUACUGACGCCCACGCGAAGGAAAUAUCUUUGUUGCAAGAUAUAAUAGAACGAACUGAAUCUGAUCGAUUGGAACAUACGGAAAAAGAGAAAGAAAUUGUCAGUCUAAAGGAUAAGGUAUGUACUUCGAGGAGUUCUGAAAUUGAUGUGCAACAUUUUUUAAGAAAGUUGCUAGGCUGUGACGUCUUUCAUAGUUGGUUCGUUUCCUUCCUCGGUAGCCCACUCACUUAUAGCGCCUGAUGUUGAAUUUGUGUGAUGUAUGUAGCUGGAAAAAGCUCAAACGAAAAUGGACAAGAUGGAACAGGACCACAUAUCGGUUACUUCAAAAAUGGAAUCGGACAAGGCAGAUUUAGAGAAUUCCUUAAUCGAAAUGAAAAAACUUCGUGACGAAUUAAGAGAAAAGGUAAGGAACAUGUCCUUCAUACUUGAAAGAAAUCUUCGAUAUGAUAUAUAUUAGUUAGCAAUAUUCGGGCUGACUAUUCGUUUCUGAAACUGACAGAAGGCUGGAACUGUGAUCAUGCACUAUCCCUAUGUUUUCAACACAACUGAUCUGAAUUUUUGCUUCUUCUUGAUAUGUGCAAUUGAAUAAUGCAUUUCCUUGGAUACAGCUCGAGGAUGCUUCUGGUGAACUGACACAAUUGCACCGACAAGUCGAGGAGGCUCUUACUGCGAGUAAAACUUCCGAAGAAAAGGUAAGAGUUGAUGAUAUGCGAUUUUCACCGGCGAGCUCUCAACUACUGAAUAUUUCUAUUAAUCAGUGUGGCACCGCACAUUCUUUCUCACKCUGUUGUUUGUUGUCAUUCAUUUUUUGUGAACACAAUGGUAAUAGUUACGUGACCAGCUUACUGCUUACAAGGCAUUGCAGUCAGAAAAGAAAUAUCUGGAACGGCGAAUGAGCGAUGCCAAAGAUAUUCCGUCAACCGCGACCAGCACGAAGGAACUACAGGUUACCAUUCAAAAACUCGAAUCAGAAAAGCAAGCCCUGGAGCAACGAGCUAACAGUUCCGAUGAGAACUGCAAACGUGUGAAGAAGUUGCUGGAGGGAACCCAAAUGGAAUUGAAAGGUUUGGAGCAAAAUCUCGAAGAAGCUGAACGAAUUGAAUCUCAAAAUGAAAUUCUCAAAAAGGAUUUGGAAGAAGCAAAUAAUGGAGUUUCCUGCUUGAAGGAAAAACUCGAUGUCUGUGAAUCGUCAAACGCAAAUCUUCUAGUCGAAGUUGCCACCUACCGCGAAAAAGUUCGUGAUUUAGAAGGUCGCCUAGAGGAGGUAAGAUCAUUCAUUCGUUCACGUAGGAAAGGACUUCGUUUCUAUAACUGAUCAGUUCUAACAUGAUGAUAACUUUUUUUCUGUUGAUGGUGUAGCUUGAAGAGAGGGAUUAUUGUGACCAAGRAGAAAACACAGACGGAAUGGAGAAAAAGCGUGACAAUGACGAGGAUGAUGAUAACGAAAGUCCGAGAAAACGACCCAAAAUGAGGGUUGAUGAUCAAGAUCAAUGCGUUGAGGAAAGCGAAAUUGCCAUGUAAACAGAAGAAUUGGCACUGUGUGUCUUCAAGAUUCAAUGUCGUCUGCAGUACCCUGGAAGAUUCCUCUAGUAUCUUCCAAUCAUUGCCUGUCCUUAUUCUUCUCCCAUUCAAUGAAGUAAGAAAUCUCUGUUGAAGGAGAACUAGUAUAGCACUUCAGAAGGUGCAGUGGACUGAACACCCUACGUSCAAUGCACUGAUAUAUCCACAUAAAGGUACUUCUUAUUA